CUUUCACUAACUUUGGCUCAGUUGGUCCAGUCCUCCAAAUGUUUUUCUCUGUUCUGUUAGAAGCGGGCGCCGGUGGUUUCGGUUGAGAGAAACGUUCGCUGAAAACUUUGUUACCGUUUUUUUCUUCUUUCUUUGGGUCUUGUCGCCUGUCUUCGAGGGAGAAAUUUUGUGCUAUUUCUUUCUUUACCAAGCGGACGAAAAAUCAUAUUUGUCGCUUGAGGAGAAGGCCAGAGCUCCACCUGCGGUAAGAAAAGACAGGCACUGCCAAGGGCUUAGAUCGCCUUCCUUGAGGAGUCAAGGAGGAAAGGAAGGAAGGAGACAGAUCGUUGUCUAUUGUUGGCCUCUGCUUCCUAGCGUGUACAUAUGUAUGCUGAAAAAGUCGUGACAGAGGGGAAGAUGGGGAGCAGGGGAAUCUCUCUGACCUGUGUGUUGACCCCUUGCCGUGUGAUUGCCGUGUGUGUGAUGCUGAUGACCUUGGGAGCUAUUGGAGCAGCCGUCUGGGCCGUAGUUACGUUUUGCACAAUGGAGGAAGACACAGGGCUGUAUGAAGUUCAGGUUAAUUCUGCUGACCAGCAUCUCAGAGUCUUUGACUCCACCCAGAAGAGGUGGCGUCAGGUGUGUUCCUCCCCAGCCAAUGAGCUGCUAGCUAGCAUCAGCUGUGAAGAAGUGGGCUUUGUCAGUGUGGUGAAUUACUCAGUCACAUCAGUGCCAGAGGCCAGUGGAGAUGGUGGGGAGUUUUUCUGUGUCAGACAGGAAGAACUCAGCUAUGGCAAAAAAAUCAAAGACUCAUUGUUCCCAUGUGACUGUGAGAGCAGGGAGGUUCUCACCUUGCUGUGCCAAGACUGUGGCAGGCGUAGUUUUGCAGCAGACCGAAUAGUUGGUGGUGUUGAUGCCAGACAGGGCAGUUGGCCUUGGCAGGUCAGCCUGCAGUACGAUGGAGUUCAUCAGUGUGGAGGAUCCAUCAUCUCAAACCGCUGGAUUGUCUCAGCAGCUCACUGCUUCCCAGAGCGGUAUCGCUUUGUCAAUCGCUGGCGUGUGCUGCUGGGCUCCAUCUAUAAUAAACCAGUCAACGCCAACGUGGCGGAGGUGAAGACCAUCGUUUACCACAGCAGCUACCUGCCCUUUGUAGAUGCUAACAUUGAUGACAACAGCAGGGACAUCGCUGUUCUGGCCCUCACUCAGCCCCUUGUUUUCAAUGAGUACAUCCAGCCUAUUUGCCUGCCAACAUAUGGUCAAAGGCUGAUAGAUGGGCAGAUGGGAACAGUCACAGGCUGGGGAAAUGUAGGAUACUAUGGUCACCUAGCAGAUGUUCUCCAGGAGGCCAACGUCCCUAUCAUCAGUGACGCUGUUUGUAAUGCUCCUGAUUACUACGACAAUCAGAUCACCACCAGUAUGUUCUGUGCUGGCUAUGAGAAAGGAGGCACUGAUGCCUGCCAGGGAGACAGCGGUGGCCCUUUUGUGGCAGACGACUGCCUGUCUAAGACCAGUCGGUAUCGUCUGCUGGGGGUGGUGAGCUGGGGAACGGGCUGUGCCAUGGCCAAGAAACCUGGUGUCUACACUAGAGUGUCCCGAUUUCUGCCCUGGAUAUCCUCAGCCAUGCGGAACUAUCACAACUCAGCGGGGGUCCACAAAAUGGCCCGGACAUGAGAUCCAUGCUCACAUGUUUCAGCUGUUUGUCCUAUUAGAUGAGAAAGACCUCACAGAUGUGAGCAGGGACUGUUUGACAGGGGAACAAAAGGCUGUGAUUUCCCCCUGAUGUCACGGUUCGAGAUUCUCCUUCUUACCUAAAACUUGUUAGUGAGGAUUUAACCACUUCCUGAACCUUCUCACAUUGUUGAAUGUCGACCAAUACCAGGGUUUUAAACUCUGAACAAAGAGUUACUGAAGUUCAAUAACUUACUGUUAUUAUGAAGUUAAAUAUUGAUAAACAGGAAAAACUGAUAUAAUAUUUGAAUCACUAUAUUGGAUUUUUGGAUCCGGCUUUGUAAAAUAUAAAAAGAUUAUAUUUCUGAGAUGAUGUUAUUUUUCUUCUCUUGUAUUUUUUUUGUUUUUAGCUACAUACUACUGUCACCAGAAAUUAUGUUAGAAAUAACCAUUAUAACUUAUGAGCCAAACAAAAAUAAAUUCAUUUUAAAUUGAAAGGCUCAGGUUCAUCUUAGGCAUUUUUCAAGGAUUCAUAAAAGAAGUGCGGGAGUUCUUUAGUGCCAGACGUCUGUAGUCAGUGUGCAGGGCAACAAGCCAUGUCAGUAGUUUGAUCUGAAACGUCAGUAAUCUGUUAUUCUAUUAACAUUAAAACAUUCUCCGGUGAGCUUUAUUUUGUAAAAUUACAGCACGCAUCAAACUCUUCUCAUUAAAUGCUUACUUUAGUGAAA